UUAUUGAAAUAAAUUAAAAAUAUUAAUAAAAUAAUAGAAAAAUCCCGUAUAAUUAAUAAACUAUAAUCAUUUUUUAGUUAAAUAAAUAAAAUAUAUUCCAAAUUUAAGGUUUUUAAACCGGAAAAUGAAUCGUGAUCCGGAAUGUGGUUGUUGUCCUCCAAAUAGCUGUGACGUUUGUGUGCCCCAAUGUUCUUCAGAACCUUAUGUAAGGAUCCGUGCCGAAAGGCUUCUUAAGCCCCAGUUAGUUUGCAGUACCAAGAAUUGUAACAUUUUUGGAACGCAUGAUACAAAUCCAAUGCCGGAAUAUCCAUGUCAUAAGAAGAACAAUAAAUUCAAAGAUGAAAACAAAAACUCUUUGGGUUCACCCAUUGGACUCGUUGCCUCUAAUGUAAAUUUCAAAACCGAAGGCAAGACUAGCGAUAUUAUACAAGCGCGAUACGCUACUUAUCUCAAGGCCUUUGCCCGCUUACAUCUAAAUGCGGAAACUUCCUGGAAUGCUCUGGUUAUAGAUGACAUAAUGAAAGAAGGUCUUAUACUUUAUUCUUAUUCACAAAAAGAAGAAAGCAAAAUCGAAUCUCCUAGCGAGAUAUAUCUGCCCAAUGAAGUGCAAGUUUUAAGGGAAUUUGAAUUAUCAGAUUUUACUUUUCAUAUUGAGCUAAUGGCACCCUUUAAACUAAAUACCUCGGCUUUUUCGGAAACAGGAGCCAAAGGUGAUGGUGUGGAGUUAACUUUAGAAGAUUUAUUGCCAGUUUUACGAGGUUUUUUUCGCCAACAUAAAUAUGGUUUGUUGACAGUGGGCGCUUUCUAUGUUUUGCUUUGGCGUUCGGCAGACGCCUUUUUUGUCUUUGAUGCUUGUGGGCGGAGAAUAACUGAUUUUCAGACUGAUAAAGACAAAGGUGUGGCAAUGUUGAUAUGUUUAAGUUGUUUGGAAAAUGUAACACAUUUGAUACAAAAUCUAAGUUCUCUGGCAAUGACGGAACCUUUAACAUUAAGGGAAAUAAAAGUGGUAAAAGUAGUAACACCCGGGGGCUCUAUAAUGCAGCAGGACUAUGGCAAACGUACUCCACAAUAUCAAGUGAUUAAUGAUGAUUAUGCCUACCUUAAGGCCGGCUUGCAUUUGUCUCUAAACCGAAGAGAUUUAGUAAGAAAUCGCAGUGCUUUAGCGGUAGCUGUCAGUGCUAUAGUGGUCUCGAAAAUCGAUCAUCCCGCCACCUGGGAUUUGAAAAUGUUGGAUAAGAUAAUUUGCUUUGGGGUUAAUCUUUGCCAAGCUUGUUGGGCGAAUUGUCGAGUCAGUGGCAUCAUAGAUGUUACCGAAUUUCCCACCUAUUUCUCUAUGGGUCAGUUUAAAAUCACUAAUGAAAUUGUAAGUCAUAAAUAUGAUGGUACCUGGCGUUGUGUGCCCGGCUUUAAACACAGUGAAUUGGCUCAUGCCAUACGGAAGGCGUUCGAGGCUGGUGAUCAGAAAUUGUUGGUGCAAAUUAAUUAUCAAAUGUAUGCCGUUUGGAAAAAGCAUGAUUUCAUAUAUCUACUCGAUCCCUAUCGUCAUCGAAUCUUAGGCAAAACAGCUGAAUCUGAGGUAUAUGAAGAGAUGGAAAAGAGUGCGACCUUAAGAAUGUUUCGUUCCUUUGACGUUUUCAUGAAUGUUUUCAAUAAUAUUCUUUUGGAUUCCAAUCGCACUAGUAAGUUUUUCAUACACUCGCUAAAGGUGAAGAAUAUUCAGAAAAGACAUAAGUUCCGGGAGGCUAAGACAACGCAACCUAUGGAAGAUAUUAAGUUGGAUGCUAAUGGUGAAAUUGUAUCGAUUAAUGAAAACAUUUGCUUUGAGGAAGGAGAAGAUUUGUGCCAGAAAGCUUUGGGUGAAAUUAGUGAUUAUGAAGAUGAAGAUCUUAGAUCGGAUGUGGUGGAAAUGGAACUGAGAACUUCUUCCAGUGAAGCAGAAAUAAUGGAAGAAGAGGAGGCGGGAGGUGCGGGGGAAGCAGAAGAAUUAGAGGGCUUAGAAUCUUCCUCCAGUGGUGAGGAGGGUGGUGGCCACAAAAAGAAAUCACAAAAAGGCAAGGGCUCUAGUAAAGGAAGUCAAGGUAAGGGUGGUAAAGGCAAAGCAGGCAAGGAUAAAGGUGGUUCUGGUAAAGGCAAAAAAGGUAAAGGUGCUAAAGAUAGCGAAGGAGGAGAAGGUGGUGGUAAGAAGCGUAAAAAGUCUAAGAAUGAAGAUAGUGACGAAAGUUCGGGAGAAGAAGGUGGUGGUAAAGGCAAAAGGAGUAAGAAAGCUAAAAGUAUGGAUAAAGAUAAGAUUAGCAAGAGUAAAGAAGGAGAUCAGCAGGAAACCGAUAAAGAUGGUAAAGCUAAAGAUGAUAAAUUAAAAAGAACAAAAGAGCAACAGGAUGAUGAUAAAGAGCUUAAAGACAAGGAACUAAAAGAUAAAGAUCUUAGGGCUAAAGAUGCUAAAUAUAACGAACAAAAAGGUAAGGAUCUUAAAGCUAAAGAUCAGAAAGAUACAGAUCCGAAAGAUAAGGAUCUUAAAGAUAAGAAUCUUAAAGAUAAGGAUCUUAAAGAUAAGGAUCUUAAAGAUAAGGAUCUUAAUGAUAAGGAUCUUAAAGAUAAAAAUCUUAAAGAUAAGGAUCUUAAAGAUAAGAACGUAAAAGAUAAAGAUCUUAAAGAUAAGGAUCAGAAAGAUAAAGACCUUAAAGACAAAGAUCAAAAAGGAAAAGAUUCAAAAGAUAAAGAUCGAAGAGAAAAAGAUUUAGAAGAUAAAGAUAAAAACAAAGCUAAAGAUUCCAGACUUAAAGGGGAAGAUGAUAAAAAUUUAAAAGGAAAACAAGAAGGUAAAGAUGAAAAGCAAAGACAAGAAGGUAAAGAUCUUAACAAAACUCAAAGCGAAAAGGGAGAAAGUAAAGAUCAAUCCAAAGACACACAAGAUUCUAAUAAAGAUCAAGACAAAGCUAAAGAUACUUUAGGUAAAGAUGUUCAGUCAAAUUUGACUAAAGAUAAAACCGGACUAGGCAAAGGUGAUGGUGAUAGGACAUCUUCAAGUUUCAAUAAAAAUAAAAUUGAAACAAAUCAAAACAAUAUAACUGCUGCAGAAGAUCUAAACAAAUCCGAUAAAGAUCCCAAUAAAGCCACUAACGAAGGUGAAAGAAAAUCCCAAAGAACUGAAGCGACUGAUGAUGAUAAGAGUAAAAAUAUAGAUGAUGAAUUAAGACAACGAUUAGAGGCAGCUAAAGGCAGUAAUAAAGAAAACGAAAUGAGCAAAGAUUCUAAUAACACCCAAGAAAAGGACCUGAGUAAAGAUAAAAGUCCAGACGAAAGCAAACUAAAAGAUAAGCUAGAACAAAGUAAACAAGCAGAUAAAGAUAAAAGUGGUCCCAAAAAACCAAAGACUAGAGAUAGCUCCCGCAAAUACGAUGAUGGCACCGAGGCAGAUGAUGAAAAUGAGGAUUACUUUAAGAAAAAACAACGCUAUUGCUCUGGACCCAAUCCAAAUCGUUAUCCUGGCUACUUUAAAUAUCCUGUCGAUAUGGCUGUGGUGGGUUCGGAAAAUGGCAGCUAUGCAAGUAUUUGCAAACUAUUUCAAGCUGGUUUCAAAGUAGCCGAUCGUGUACUCACUCUAACACCCUGGGGCAAUUUUGUCAUAUUUCGUUGUUUGGACAAAGGAAACUUAGAGCAAAGAAAUUACUACCUAUUCGAUGGUUGUACUUGUAAUUUUGAUCGUUUUCGUCAUUUCGAUUUAAGUGUGGGCACGGCGGGCCUAAUAUGCUUUAAACACACUCAUAAUGUUAUCGAGUAUAUAAGACAUUUACGUAAAUCGCGUAGAAGUCAUUGUGAGGAACAGAAAAAAUUAACAGCUGAUGAUAUUUGCCGGCAAUAUUGUGGUAGAGGUAGUAGUUUACGAGUGUAGAGUAUAGUUAAAGAGAUUUUUUUUGGUUUGUAAAGAAUUUUCCAAAUUAUAAAUGCAUGUGUAUUUUGUAAAUUUGUACAUAAAAAAUCUUUACAAUAAAUUGUAUUUUUAUAAAAA